CGCCGUCUUCCUUUUUCAGAGCGAGUUCACGCUUCUGCCAUUUUCUCUGCUGACUUCCUGCUGACGAACACUCUUGAACGCUUGGCUCCGAAUACGCGUGUAUUUUCUGUAGCCAUGUAGUACGCCAGUUUGUACUGCUAUUUGGAUAAUUCUCUGCACGGAGAGCCUUCCAUUCCUUGCGUUCAGAGUAAAGCACCUAGCGCACACACACACACAGAGUUGUGAGGGAAGAUAGAAUUAGUGGCCUUUUUUGUACGGUUCGACGCCAAGAUGUAUCUGUACAACUUCAUCUUACAACGCGCCACCGGCAUCACGCACGCGGUGCACGGAAGCUUUGCCGGCACCAAGUUGCAGGAAAUUUUGCUUGCCAAGGGCAAAGGGUUGGAGCUGGUACGGCCGGAUCCGAACACGGGCAAGGUUCACACGUUGCUACAGACGGAAGUGUUCGGCGUCGUGCGCUCGUUGAUGUCCUUCCGACUGACGGGCGGGUCGAAAGAUUAUGCCGUGAUCGGCUCGGACUCGGGACGCAUUGUGAUUCUCGAGUACAAUCCGGCUAAGAAUCAGCUCGAAAAGGUACACCAGGAAACGUUCGGCAAAUCGGGAUGCCGGCGUAUCGUGCCCGGCCAAUAUUUGGCGAUCGAUCCGAAGGGUCGCGCCGUUAUGAUCGGAGCGGUAGAGAAGCAGAAGCUUGUCUACAUUCUGAACCGCGAUUCCGAGGCCCGACUCACCAUCUCAUCCCCGCUGGAAGCGCACAAAUCCAACACCCUCACCUACCACAUGGUUGGCGUUGAUGUCGGGUUUGAAAAUCCUAUGUUUGCCUGUCUGGAAAUCGAUUACGAGGAGGCCGAUACAGAUCCCACCGGUGAGGCGGCCACCAAGACGCAGCAAACGCUCACGUUCUACGAGCUCGACCUCGGACUGAACCACGUGGUGCGCAAAUAUUCGGAACCGCUCGAGGAGCACGCCAACUUUCUCAUCUCGGUGCCGGGCGGCAACGAUGGACCGUCCGGUGUGCUGAUCUGCUCGGAGAACUAUUUGACGUACAAAAACCUGGGCGACCAGCAUGACAUCCGCUGUCCGAUUCCGCGCCGCCGUAACGAUCUGGACGAUCCCGAGCGGGGCAUGAUAUUCAUCUGCUCGGCCACGCAUCGCACCAAAUCGAUGUACUUCUUUCUGGUGCAGACGGAGCAGGGCGAUAUCUUCAAGGUGACGCUCGAAACGGACGACGACGUGGUGUCGGAGAUAAAGCUGAAGUACUUCGACACGGUACCACCGGCAACGGCCAUGUGCGUGCUGAAGACGGGCUUCCUGUUUGUGGCGUGCGAGUUCGGCAACCACUAUCUGUACCAAAUCGCCCAUCUUGGUGACGAUGACGAUGAGCCGGAGUUUAGUUCGGCGAUGCCGCUCGAGGAGGGCGAUACGUUCUUUUUCGCGCCGAGACAGCUGAAGAAUUUGGUGAUGGUGGACGACAUUCCGUCGUACGCACCGAUCCUUGGCUGUCAGGUGGCGGAUUUGGCGAACGAAGACACACCGCAGCUGUACCUGGCGUGCGGUCGGGGACCCCGCUCCUCGAUCCGAGUUCUUCGGCAUGGGUUGGAGGUGUCGGAAAUGGCCGUCUCGGAGCUGCCCGGUAAUCCGAAUGCUGUGUGGACCGUCAAGAAAAGAAUCGAUGACGAGUUCGAUGCGUACAUCAUCGUAUCGUUCGUGAACGCCACGCUGGUGCUGAGCAUUGGCGAUACGGUCGAGGAAGUGACGGACAGUGGCUUCCUCGGAACGACUCCCACCCUGUGCUGCAGUGCGCUCGGUGAUGAUGCGCUGGUGCAGGUCUACCCGGACGGCAUUCGGCACAUCCGGGCGGACAAGCGGGUGAACGAAUGGAAAGCACCGGGCAAGAAGACGAUCAUGAAGUGUGCGGUUAAUCAGCGGCAGGUCGUCAUCGCCCUUUCCGGUGGUGAACUCGUCUACUUCGAAAUGGAUCCGACCGGCCAACUGAACGAGUACACCGAGCGUAAGAAAAUGCCCAGCGAAGUCAUGUGCAUGGCGCUCGGGUCGGUGCCCAGCGGUGAACAGCGGUCGUGGUUUUUGGCCGUCGGUUUGGCCGACAACACCGUACGCAUCAUAUCGCUGGAUCCGGCCGACUGUCUCUCGCCGCGCUCCAUGCAAGCACUACCCUCUGCGGCCGAAUCGCUCUGCAUCGUCGAAAUGGGCACGGUGGAAAUGUCGGACGACGACGAAGGUGUGACCACCACUACCGGCUGCAUUUAUCUAAACAUUGGCCUCACGAACGGGGUGCUGCUGCGUACGGUGCUGGAUCCGGUAUCGGGCGAUCUGGCCGACACACGCACACGCUACCUCGGUUCACGGCCGGUCAAGCUGUUCCGCAUACAGAUGCAAGGUUCCGAGGCGGUCCUGGCAAUGUCUAGCCGUUCCUGGCUGAGCUAUUACUACCAGAACCGUUUCCAUCUGACACCGCUCUCGUACGAAACGCUCGAGUACGCGUCCGGCUUCUCGAGCGAACAGUGCUCGGAAGGUAUCGUCGCCAUCUCGACCAACACGCUGCGCAUUUUGGCACUCGAGAAGCUUGGUGCCGUUUUCAACCAAAUCACCUUCCCGCUCGAGUACACGCCCAAGCGAUUCGCGAUCCAUCACGAAACGGGCAAGCUGAUCAUCAGCGAAACCGACCACAACGCGUACACGGAGGAAACGAAAACCAUCCGCAAAAAGCAGAUGGCGGACGAGAUGCGCGAAGCGGCCGGUGAGGAUGAGCAGGAGCUGGCGAACGAAAUGGCCGACGCGUUCAUCAACGAGGUGCUGCCGGAGGACGUGUUUUCGUCGCCAAAGGCCGGCACGGGCAUGUGGGCGUCGCAGAUCCGUGUGAUGGAUCCGAUCAACGGGCACACGUACUCGAAGGUGCAGCUGGCGCAGAACGAAGCCGUACUGUCGCUCGCCCUCGUACGCUUUGCCGUCGACCAGAAGUGGUAUGUGGUGGCCGGCGUCGCGAAGGACUUACAAAUCAACCCAAAAAUCAGCAACGGUGGCUUCAUCGACGUGUACAGGGUGGACAGCCAAACGCACCAGCUCGAGCACAUGCACCGGACGGAGAUUGAUGAUGCGCCCGGUGCGCUCGCCCCGUUCCAGGGCCGGCUGCUUGCCGGCAUUGGCAAGGUGCUGCGCAUUUACGAUCUGGGCAAGAAGAAGCUGUUGCGCAAGUGCGAAAACAAACACAUUCCCAACCAGAUCGUAAACAUUCAAGGCAUGGGCCAGCGGGUGUACGUGUCGGACGUGCAGGAAUCGGUGUACUGCAUCAAGUACAAGCGUGCCGAGAACCAGCUCAUCAUCUUUGCCGAUGACACCCACCCACGGUGGAUUACAUCGGCCACCCUGCUCGAUUACGAUACGAUCGCGACCGGCGAUAAGUUCGGUAACAUCGCCAUUCUGCGCCUGCCCCAUUCCGUGUCGGACGAUGUGGACGAGGAUCCGACCGGCAAUAAGGCGCUGUGGGAUCGGGGCCUGCUGAACGGUGCCUCGCAGAAGGCGGAAAACAUUUGCACCUUCCAUCUGGGCGAGAUCGUCAUGUCGCUGCAGAAGGCCACGCUCAUCCCGGGCGGUUCCGAGUCGGUCAUCUAUGCGACGAUGAGCGGUACCGUCGGUGCGCUGGUACCGUUCACGAGCCGCGAAGACUUUGACUUUUUCCAGCAUCUGGAGAUGCACAUGCGGAAUGAAAAUCCGCCCAUGUGCGGGCGGGAUCACUUGAGCUACCGGAGCUACUACUACCCGGUGAAGAAUGUGAUGGAUGGCGAUCUGUGCGAGCAGUUCACUUCGCUAGAUCCGGCCAAGCAGAAGAGCAUUGCGUCGGAUCUGGGACGGACGCCGAGUGAGGUGGCCAAGAAGCUGGAGGACAUACGGACGCGAUAUGCAUUCUAAUUCCUUAUUCUCCGCGUGCGCCACAACUCUUCUAUUCCUCCAACUAACAUUGAACCCCGAUAUCGUCCUGUGGGCGGUCUACUAUAUCAUCCUACUUCAAAUGGUUUGUCCCUGUUGUGCAUAUAGCGUUUGAGCGUCGCCCUCCGUCCCCUAUUUACGUAGAUAAACGCAUUGGACUUGUGGUGUGAUGAGAACACUUGGAUACCUAUACUUUAAAAAUGGUUAAACGCAUUAAACUAAACUGUGGAGUGAUGACGAGAUCUGGCCACUUACAUUGCAGAAAUGGAAAAACGAACUAAACCGUGGAGGUAGUGACGACAACUUUUUUAAAUGGAUUACCCUUUCAUUUUCUCUACACUUCACUGUGUGCUGGGGGGAUUUGUGUGCGCAUCUGUCUUCUGGAGAAAAGUGCAAGAGAGCGCAUCUUGACUGAUUUUAAACUUGUAUUGAACGAAAGCUAAUAACAUCGCUCAUGCUGCUGUGCGUGCUACCCCGUACGGCUAUAUCUGUCCAAACUGACUGUUUUAUUAGAGAAUGUGUCUACCAAAUGUGUCAGCCAGUAUCCUUGGGGGUGGCGGUCUGUUCUAAAAUGAAUGCCAGUAUUUAUAGAUAAGCUCACUGAACAAUCGGAACGGAACGGGCAGACUAGAUGUUAGCAAUGGUACGACGGAUCACACUCAGUACUUGCAGUGGAACACUGGCAGCAAAUCUAAGGCACACUCAAGCAAAUUUUUUCUUCAUACCUUCAUACUGUGUGAGAGGUCUUUUCUGGUUAGGGGCAUCUGGUAGAAAGUGUUCUUCUAAAUCCGGCGGCGGAUAAGAAGUUGAAGAGAUAUCAUAUAACUCCUUUACAUAGGUGCCGCCGGUCCUCUCGCUAGCUUAGAGGUGUAUUUGUGAUUACAAAACCCAAUAAGAAAGGUGUAGUGCAGAAGGAAGGCCUAGGCCAGAAGGAUGAUUGAUUGGGGGGGGGGGGGACACAGCUUUAUAAUUAAGUAUUUAGUGUAGUGGUGUGGUGCAACGUCUCUCAUUUCGAUUUAUAAAAUAUAUUUCCAUCGUUCUGGAGUAGGAACGCCAAGUAACGAAUAAAU